AUGGCUGGUUGCCGGUUUGGCCAAAGUAUGGGAUCUUAUGUUUCAUGGUUAUACGUCUUUAUAAAAGCUCUUUAUUUGCUAAACGUCACGGGUCAAUUUUUUAUUCUCAAUUCUUUCAUUGGAAGUACCUACCGAUGGUGGGGAAUUGAUGUAUUAAAUGCUUUACUUGCUGGGGAGAAUUGGCAGGAUUCUCCAAUAUUUCCUCGUCUCACUCUUUGUGAUGUCCCAAUACGUCGGUUGGGAGCAGGGAUGUCACGGGUUGAGAAAAAUGUCGGGUCGGGUUUCGGAUCGGGUUUUCAAAAUUUUCUUCGGAUCGGGUAUCGGGUUGAAAAAAAGGCCGGGUUUCGGGUAACCCGUGACAUCCCUGGUUGGGAGACACUCCAAGAUAUACACUUCAAUGUCAUUUGA